GGGCAUUGUUCGGACAGGGUAACCCUUCAGAGACCAAUGAAUACCACAUCUGUAGAAAAGUGAGAAGACAAGAGCGAAAAGGGGGCGGAAGAGAGGAGGGGGCUUGCUUUUUUCUUGCCCUGCUAGUUUUUCAUUUCGCCUUCCCGCACCUCCCUUCAGUUCCAGAAAGUCUGCCAGAAGACCAGAAAGAGGCAGAAUCUUACUGAAUAAAAAGACUUCAGCCUUAAACUUGAACAAAAGCCAGCCGGCAGAGCUUUAUUGCUGCGACGUCCUUCUACAAUGUGCCAAGAGAAUUUUAAUCAGAGACCCCUCCCUUAUGUGUGUGUGUGUGUGUGUUUUCUCUCUUUAGUUUCUGACUCUCUAUCAGCCACUCCUAAUCAUGUGAGAUAAGUAGUUUGCUAUCUUCUCUUGUGGAGACCGGAGAGCUCAUGCAGGAACGCUUAAAAUUUGUGUGAAGAAGUGUGAGAAGAAACCCAAGUCUGAGAACAGGAAGUUCUGGAACUCAAGCAGGUGAAGACAGCAGGUGAAUCCGCUAGAGAUGAGUGGCGAGCCGAGACAGGAGGUGGUGACGACCCCUCCGCCACCCAGUGUGGGCAAAAGAGAGGGAUACUUUGAUCGCGUUAAUGAAAAUGACCCUGAAUAUCUGCGCGCACGCAACAUGUCACCCGACCUGCGGCAAGACUUCAACAUGAUGGAGCAGAAGAAGAGGGUCACACAGAUACUACAGAGUCCAGCGUUUAAGGAUGAGCUGGAGGGAAUGAUCCAGGAGCAGAUGAACAAGGGGAAUAACCCUACAGGACUGCUCGCUCUGCGGCAGAUCGCAGACUUCUUCAUGUCCAGCUCCGUCGCCGGAUUCUCCACCUCCCCCCUCAGUUUGGGAAUGGUGACCCCAAUAAACGACAUGUUCAGUGUGGAGUCCAGUACUAUGGUAAAGGGGGAAAAACAGACCCGCUGCAAAUUGGCCAGCCUCUACAGAAUAGUGGACCUGUUCAGUUGGGCCCACUUCGCGAGUUGUUACAUUACAGUUCGUGUCAGUAAGGAGCAGGAUCAUAUCCUCAUCAUCCCCAGAGGACUGUCCUUCGCUGAGGCCUCUGCAUCCAAUCUGGUGAAGGUGAAUAUCCUUGGUGAUGUGAUCGAUCAGGGCUCCACCAACCUGCGCAUCGACGCUGCCGGCUUCAGUCCGCACGCUGCCAUCUACUCCAUCAGACCUGACGUGCGCUGCAUCGUUCACAUAAGCACACCGGCCACUGCUGCAGUGUCGUCUAUGAAGUGCGGCCUUUUGCCCAUCUCCCAGGAGGCUCUGAUCCUGGGUGACAUUGCCUACUACAACUACCAGGGCAGUCUGGAUGAACAGGAGGAGCGUGUAGAGCUCCAGAAGGCUCUCGGCCCCACGGCGAAGGUAUUGGUUUUAAGGAAUCAUGGCAUUGUAGCUCUCGGAGAGACCAUUGAAGAGGCCUUUCACUACAUUUACGGCGCUCAGUAUGCCUGUGAAAUUCAGGUGAAUGCGUUCUCCUGUGCUGGAGGAAUGGAGAACCUGAUCGUGUUGGAUCUGGAGAAGUUUAAAGCUCGUACACAGGGAGUGGCACAAGUUGGAGUCAACAUGGGCUCUCAGCAGAAGUGGAGGUUGGGAGAGCUGGAGUUUGAGUCACUCAUGAGGAUGCUGGACAACCUGGGAUACAGGACUGGCUACACAUACCGGCACCCCAUCGUGCGGGAGAAACCCCGACACAAGAGCGAAGUGGAGAUUCCUGCAACAGUGACGGCCUUCAUGUUCGAUGAGGAUGACGCUCCACGCUUCCCUCUAAAGCUCCUGCAGCAGCGGCAGCAGAGAGAGAAAACACGCUGGCUCAACUCUCCAAACUGCUACAUGAAGGUGAACGUGGCGGACGGCGCCAGCGAAGAGAACCGACGCACCAAGACCACGUGGAUGAAGUCUGAUGAUGGGGGAAAUGCUAGCGGGACUCCGAUCCGUAUUGAAGAUCCCAACCAGUUUGUCCCUCUGAACACAAACCCCAGUGAAGUCCUGCAGAAGAGAAAUAAGAUUCGUGAACAGAACCGCUUUGAUGUAAUGACAGCAGGACCGCAGUCUCAGAAGCUGGCAGGGAUUGUGGUGGAGAGACCUCCGGGACAGUCGCCUGUUCAGCCGUACAUGGGAAAUGAUGAGGAGGAGACAGGGGCACUUCCUCCAAACCCCUUCAGCGAGCUGAACGAGAAAGAGGAGCAUCAGCGGAGACUCCGAAUAGACGCAGAUGAAGAGCAGCUCACGUCAGACGACGCUUCCACGCUCUCUCAGUCUGUGUCUCCACAACACACUCCAGCCAAAGAAGAAAACCACACCGGCGUGAUGCUGAAUGGUAAAGACGAUCACGGCGACGAGGACGAGCUCAUCAAGCGCGUGAGUCAGCUGACCACCAGCUUGGAAAGCAUGGAAAUCAGCGUUCGCUCUGGAGAGAAGAUUGAAGAGGCGCUGACGCCCGAAAGCUCGCCCUCCAAAUCCCCCAACAAGAAGAAGAAGAAGUUCAGAACCCCGUCCUUCCUCAAGAAGAACAAAAAGAAAGAGAAAGUGGAGGCCUAAAGGAGAAGAAGCGAAAACACCCAUGCCCACCGUGUCUGUCCUUCUGUUUGUCUUUGUGUGUUUUUAAGUUGGCUUGGUUAAGCGUGGCAGGCUAUUUUGGGAGUCUAUAACGAAUAGAUGGAGUUCCAUCCGUUUUUAUGAGAUGUGCCAUGUGUUUAUGUGUGUUUUAUACAGGAAGAGAAGCGAGGGAAACUCCUGGGAAACUGGCUUCUCUGGCCUGAUGGACUAAAUAUGUUCUUGUACACAUGAUUUUAUCUCGUCGAUGAGCCCAUACUGCAUUGUUUUUGUUUAUUAGAUGACCGUACAGACCUUUUAUGAGCCCCUUUUUCUAUCUACCACUCAUCUCUCAUGUUGUCAGUUCUGGUUUCUCCAGCUGUAAGGUGGGUUUCAUCGCAAACGCUACACAGGAGACGCUACAGAAUCACACUGGAAACCGUUCUGGAUUAUUUUAACAGGGUUUGUUGUUAUUUUGUCUGUGAUUGUCGAAAGAUUGGGUCUGAAAUCCUGUGUAAAGCCACUCUAGUCCUGAUCUUUGCCAAACAAAAACGCAAAAACAAAAAAAAAAGCAGAGCGAUCACGUUUUAGUGACUUGUAUUUUGGUUUCGCAAACAUCCAUUCUUCAUCUCUUAUUACAAAAGAAAUACUUUGCUUUUUUAAAAAUUGAUGCAGUUUAGUUUUUAUCCAUUCAGUUUUAUACUCGUUUCUAUACUUUUAACUGCAAAAAAAAACUGAAAAUGAAAUCUUGAAGCAUGUUUUGCUAGUCUGAAUUUAUAAUGUAGCGGUGCCUGACUUCUCAGUUGUGUAAUAGCGCAGAUUACUAAACACAUGUAACAAAAAUAUAUGAAAACUGGAGUGAUGUUUAAUGAUAUAUGAAUAUAUAAUAUUUUUGUGCUGCACUUUUUAAAUGGUAUACAUAACAAAAAACAAAACGAAAAGGACGAGUUUAGCGGUGGAAGAGCGAAACGAAAAUAUGAGAAAUGUUUCACACAAAGGGUGGAGAAGGGAAAUGUGUUGACAUGUAAGGAAAAAUAUAUAUAUUUGUAAAAUGUAUUUUUGAAAAAAUGUCUCGGCCCCAAAGCAAGUCUAUGGUGAUUCUCAUCACGUAACGCCAUUAGUUGUUAAGAAUAUUUCGCCCCCUCCCCAAAAUAAAAUCAAAUGUCAUUGUUUACUCAUGCUGUUAUUUUACGAUGGCCACAAAACGACAAAUGUGAAAAAUCUCCUGCUUGAACUCCUUCAUAUAAUGGCAUUAAAUACCAUCCAGCAUCAAACUGAAAAAAAAAGCUAAAUCAUCAAAUAAUGUGAGUUCUGUGGUGUAUAAGAUAAUGUUCAGUGAAAAAAACAAAACAAAAAGUAUACAUUAUUUAACAAAAAUCCUGACUUUGUGCCUUGUGUUGUGAGAAAUUAAGAUUAAUGGAAGCACGAUACAAAAUACAGUACCUAUGCUUUCUUUCUGAGGUAAAUAUACAUAUACAUCUGUAAACUUCUUGUGUAGUUCAGGUACAGAGAUUUAAAAAAAUCCACACAGACAUUUCUGUGUUGGAUUGUAUUGCAAUUUUGUGUUGUAAUAAUCUUGAUUGAUAAAAUCUGGGAAUGUGUGAGGGUGUUCCAGGCAAAUCUAUGUAAACUGCGGCAGUAAUAGUAUUUCAUGAUACACAAUCAAGGUCAGAAUUAGUUUUGUUUGUUAAAUACAUUACAUUUUGGGUUGUUUUUUACCAAACCCUAUUAGAAAAAACAGAACUCUUGGAAUAUACCAUAUGUGUCAUUAAUAAAAGGGAUAGUUCAUCCAAAAAUGAACUAAAUUUCUUUAAAAUAUCUACUCACUCUUCACUCAUUUAACUUCUUUAUGAGUUGCUUUCUAUUGUUGAACACAAAUGACGAUAUUUUGAAGAACGCUGUAAACUUGUAGCCAUUGACUUCCUUAGCAUUUGUUUUUCCUAACCUGAAAAAAUGAUUCCUUGGAUUUACUCAAUUUGUUUACGGUAAGUGGUUGCAAACAAUUUAUAUGAGCUAAAUUUAAACAAAGUUGAACGUUACUAAAUUUAAUUUUUAUGCAUGAAUUCAGCCUGUAUAAAUUGUUUGCAACCACUUACCUUAGAAAUUAAAUAAAACUAAAUCCAAUAAGUCAUUUUUUUCAGUAAACUGUGGAAGUUAAUGGUUCCCAGUUUUCAGUUUUAUCUAAAAUCACUUGUUUUAUGUUUAACGGAAUAAAAAGAAACUUGUAAAGCUUAAGAAAUCUACUUAAGGGUGAGUAAAUAGUAUAUCAUUUUCAUUUUUGGGUGAACUAACCCUUUAAAGCUAUUUAUGUCUUUAUUUUUGGUGGUUCAACCAUUAAAUGUCUGAGCUUAAGCAGAGUUUUAUUUGAUAUGUAGUUUAAAAAUCAGGAGAUCAGCAAAGUGAGUAAACAAUGACUCCAAAUGCAACCUCAUUCACAUUCACAGUCAUGAAUCACUUCAUCGCCAUCCAAAGCAUCAGUGUUACCACAAUUUACCUAAGAAACAUUGUUUUUUUUUCUUUUUCUGUCUGAAACUGGAUUUAUUUACUCACCCUGUCUCCUGCUUGAGGUCAGAGGUGGCUUGUUUUGCCCAAUUUGGUCGCUCCCUGCCCCACGAGACACCACUCUGGACAAAAUGUACACCAAAAGCUGAUCUCUAAUGGCUAAGAUUAGUGGUUGACCUCAGUUUGAACUCCGUCAGGCCCGAAUGUGGUCGUGAAACGUCCCGCAGGGGAGGAGGCGAAACCACUGAGAGCGAGAGAUAUAUAUCCCAGUGGGCAAUGUGAAGUACUGGCCUGGGCGCCAAGAGAGAGACAGACACUUCUAAGCUGUGUAAAUAGCAUGUGGUUUUGAGCGUGGGCCAGACGUGGAUUAAAACACAUUUAAAGCUGCAUCGGGUGCAAUUAAGAGCGAGUAAUGGGGCAGGCGAGAUUAACUCUUUUGAUUGCUUUCAAACUUCUUGCGGAUUUUCGCGUCAGAUUUCAUAGCGCACUGCAGUUUUUAUGCUUUCAGGAGGUGUAGUUCAAACUUCACGAGCGUUAACUGGAACGUGCAUCACAUUUGUUAUUAUUUUUUUCCCAUUUUAGCCAUUUUUGCACCUUGUUUUACUAAUGUUGUAGUCUCUGGUUCUAAAGGCCUGUUUGCUUUGGCAUGCGAGUUUGAACCAAGCCUCUUUGUGACCUGUGAAAUCUUAUAUGAAUGGUUAUCUAACGGACUUGCUUUUAGAUGUAUUGCUAAUCAGUGUACAUUCACAAAUAAAACUAUUUUAAGAA